UAACAUAAGAAUAAGAAAUUAUAUCAUAAAAAGUGUAAAAUUUUUGCGCAGAAAAAGUUGAUUAUUAUCAUUCCCUGAUCAUCACCAUGAAACUGAAUCAUCUUCAUGGAGAAAAGGAAAAUCCUAUAAUAUAGUAACCAUUAUCUUCAACAAUUCAGUUAAUUGUUAACAAUACAAUAUCGUGGUUAAGAUCAGAAACCUGAACAAUUUAGAAAGUAAAUCGUUUCAAUUGAAAAUUGUUUUUUUCCAUUUGUUUUGUGCUUAUAACAAAUAACCAAAUUCAAUUCAAUUUCCUUGAAACAAUCAACAAUCCAUAGAAAACUAUUUCAUUUGAUUUAGUUAUGAUUCAAUUAAAAAUGAUUAAGGGAACAAUUAAAUCUUUGAUUAUGUUUUUAUUUCUUUCAUUUUUGUUUCUUCUCCUGAUAACUUUCACUUGCAAUGUUGAAGCAAAGGAAGAAGCUUAUGGUAAAGAUACCAUUGGAAAUUACCUUCGAAUCCCAAUAAGAAGAGCUGGUUUCAUGAGACCCUGGAAAUUUUUAUAUCGCUCACAAGAUAAUGAUUAUGAUGGUGAACGGGAAAUCGGCUGGCCAUUUAUACCGAAAAGAUCAGGAGUCGAUCCGUUAUUUGGUGUAACUGUUGGCAAAAGAUCAAUCAUUCAAUUACCUUUAUCAUCCUCAUCUUCAUCUUUAUCAUCCUCAUUAUCUUCAUCAGAUGAUCAGGUUGAUUAAUUGAUUGGUUGACAAUAAAAAUCUAAAACAACAAUUCAUUCAAAUCUGUAGUUGUAUCAAUCAAAUCAACCAAUGGUUUCAAUCAUCAUUCAUCAUUUAAGAUCAAACUUUCAUUGGAAAUUAAUUAAUCUCAUCAAAUUACAACAAAUAAAAAUCAAUGCAAAUCCAAUUGAGUUAAUUGUUUUGUCCAUAUUGAAAUAAUCAACAAUCAUCUUGAUAAUAAUAAUUAAGUUAAUCGGUUAAACUUUUUGCUUUGUUCAUUUCAUUAAUAACCAUUUAAUUCAAUCAUUUAAUUGCUUCAAUCAUGAUUUUAAUUGAAAAUUUGAUUUACCAAUAUUAUUUUAAAUUUUAAUAAAGAAAACAU